GCCCAGCCCAGCCCGGAUCUGAUCUCAUCAUCACAUCGCUCUCUCUUCUUCCUCCCCUUCUCUACCACUACUUCUACUUCCUCUUCUCUUCAAUUUCUCGCAUUCAAUCUCACUCUCAAUUCAAAUGCUUCAAUUCACACAUUCCUCUUCUUCUUCUUCCUCUCCCUCACGCUCCUUUCAUUUCUCAUUCGACAAUUAUCCCUCACAUUCCAUUUCUGUCCUCACUAUCAUUUUGUGAUAGACGCAAAGCAGCAACUAAACAGUUAGUUACGAACUGCAACUACAUUUGCAUUUGCGUUUUGACCUAAUUUAUGCGUCAAUGUGAUUUGGCGUUAAUGGCGGCAAGUUCUAGAGGCUUCUCCACCACGCACUUCGAUUUCAAGCUACGAGUUAGGCGACUCAGUGUUGCUCUCCAGCCUAACACUAACGUCCUCGGUUUCGGCUCCAGGAAGCGCAGGAAGGUCUGCUCCGGUGCCGACCGAGUUCGACUCGGUAGUUUCCAACUGCGAUGCUGCUGUUCCGACUCGGUUACUCCGAUUCGCAGAACGAGUGGUCCUGGCGGCAACGGCGGCGACAAGAAUGACGAAUGGCGCUUCGAUGCAAAGAAAAAGCCUCACUCUCACACUCUGAGAGUCAGAAUUCAGGCUUCUCCUGCCGCAAUGCCUUUCGCUUCUCCGCCAUCCUUUCUGAAGCAGGAAAAAUUCUUUCCUCGUUGCACCCCGAGAAAUUCUGGUCCACAAUCACGUGAUACGCCACCAAAAAGAGACACUGGUAUAGCAAAUGAGAAAGACUGGGGUAUUAGCUUGUUAAAUGAAAAUAUUAAUGAGACCGGCACUAAUGAAGAUGGCAGUACCUGGUACAGAGAAAGUGGUGAAGAACUGGGUGAAAAUGGAUAUAGAUGUAGAUGGACAAAAAUGGGUGGUCAAUCCCAUGAUACUUCCUCAGAAUGGAAAGAAACGUGGUGGGAGAAGAGUGACUGGACCGGAUAUAAAGAGCUAGGUGUGGAGAAAUCUGGUAGAAAUUCUGAAGGGGAUUCUUGGUGGGAAACUUGGCAAGAAAAUCUUCAGCAAGAUGAAUGGAGUAACAUAGCAAGAAUAGAAAGGAGUGCACAAAAACAAGCUAAAUCAGGAACUGAAAAUGCAGGAUGGUAUGAGAAGUGGUGGGAAAAAUAUGAUGCUAAAGGCUGGACUGAGAAAGGGGCACAUAAGUAUGGUAGACUGAAUGAGCAAUCAUGGUGGGAAAAGUGGGGAGAGCAUUAUGAUGGGAGAGGAUCUGUUCUCAAAUGGACAGAUAAGUGGGCUGAAACUGAGCUUGGAACAAAAUGGGGAGACAAAUGGGAGGAAAGGUUUUUUAAAGGCAUAGGUUCCCGUCAUGGGGAAACAUGGCAUGUAUCUCCAAGUGGUGAACGUUGGUCAAGAACUUGGGGAGAAGAGCACUUUGGAAACGGGAAGGUACAUAAGUACGGAAAUAGCACUACGGGCGAAAGCUGGGAUAUAGUUGUGGACGAGGAGACUUAUUAUGAGGCUGAACCUCACUAUGGAUGGGCGGAUGUGGUGGGUGAUUCAAGCCAAUUACUCUCGAUUGAACCUCGGGCGAGGCCACCGGGUGUCUUUCCCAGUUUGGACUUUGGUACACCGCCAUCACCCGAAGCUGAGCAGGACUCACCUGAUGAUUUGCCUCCCUCGCAAUGACAGAACCACAUUCUCUAAUUUGGUCAGUUUUUUCAGAGCAACCCAUCGUAAUGCGGGAAGCUCCAUUUGUACAAGAUGUGGAUCAAUCAUUUUAUUCAUUCUUUCCCAUAUUUUAAUUGUUUUCCAUUUUUCUCUCUUCUCUCCCUUUUUUCUUUUUUAAAAACAUCUUUUGUCUUUCCCCUCGUUAAACUCUGCAUUGAUGAUAUUCAUGUUUAGUUAUUUACUGCUCAUGAAAUUAUUUGAUACUUUGGACA